AUCUCUGUUAUCAGUAAAAACAAUUAUUUCGAGUUCAGAAGCUUGGUAGAGAAUUGAACUUUCAAUUUGAUCGUUUAUUUAAAGUAAAAUAAUUAUGUUCGAGUAAAAUUACAUCAUUUAUUUCACCAUGACAUCUCUGGAACGUUUUUCUCACUACACCCACGACGAGUUAUUUGAAAAAUACAGCGUAUCUGAGAUCCGAGUUUACCAAAAUGAUCUACAAAAAGAAGUCGAUAAAAAGAAAGACGAGCUGAGAGUGCUCGUUGGAGAAAAAUAUCGUGAUUUUAUCGAAGUAGCUGAUCGAAUCAAUUUAAUGAACGGGUUAUCGAAAAGCAUCGCUGAUCGGAUCCAGAACAUAUCGUCUUCUUUGACUAGUUUGGAUUUGAAUUUAGAAGACGAUCAUAUUUCGAAAAUCGAUCGCCGGAAUAACCAGGAUAAAGUCGUUCGAACAAAUAACACCAUUGCUAUUCUGAUUAAACUGCUGAUCGAUAUCGAAGAACAAAUCUGGAUCGAGAUAUCUGCCAAUAAAUUCAUAACUGCUACCACUUUGCUACAUUUAGCUGUUCAUGUGAAAACAUCCCUCAGCUUGGAAGCCGAUUGGAAUGUUGAUAAGAAGUUCCCAGUGGUUUACGAGCUACGAAACUCGAUCCUUCGGUUUCCUAACAUCUUGACUCAAAAGAUCGAGAGUAAAAUUAAAGUUACGAAUUUAUCUGUCGCGGAAGCUUGCGAGUGUUUAUGUACGUUAACUGUGCUGGAAAAUCUGACAUGUGUUGAAGUCAUCGAAAGAUUCGUGAAUUUACGUACUGAAACGUUGAAGAGUAUUUUAAAUAUGGAUAACGUCACGAGUAACGUUAAAAAUAACGCAAUCGGUAGCUUCGAAAUUAUCGUCAAUACGUUCGAAAUAUUAUACAGAUGCUUUAGAGUGGGCGAAGACGAAAACCAAGGAGAGUACUGGAUCCAGAUGCGAAAUAUGACGACUCCUGUUUGCGAACCAGCUUUAUCCAAAGUUAACUUGGACUUCACCACGAAGUUCGGUUUCACUUAUAUCCCUGCUAGUGUUCAAAACUUCAAAGUCAAAACUAGCAAAUCAAUAAGUACGAUUCAAUCGAGCGAAUAUAAUCAAUUCUUGGAAGAAUGGUUGGGUUGGAUUAGAGCUUACGUGAAACCAAAUUUAUUAUCUUUAUUAGAUAUUAUUGGAUCUUUAAAAACGCUCCAAGUCUUGAAAGAAUCCAAACCGAACUUACCUCAAGAUUGGCCUUCGAUUAUGGAAUAUUUUAAUCAAGAUAGAAAUUUGAAUUUAUGGAACGAAAAUUACCGACCAUUGAUUACAAAUCGAGCCAAAGCUGUGCUGUCUCAUCAAUGGGACUCUAUUUUCAAACAGAUACGUAUCGAGCUUGGAAAUAUUACGAAAGAUAUCGCCGAAGAAAAAACCCAAGAACCUGAAAACAAUUUGCACUGGUUCCUGUGGUCUUCGUUCGAGGAAGAUCUGAGUGAAAAAAUUUCCAAAGAUUCGCAACGUAGCGUUAAAAGUUUAUCGAUAAAAUCAUCCGGCCAGUCGCCCAAUUCUGGAAAAAUGUGCCUUUUUAUUCAAUCCCUAGUAUCAGAUAUUAUGAAAGAAAUACCAGAUUCCCAUUCCGAGGAUGACGAUGAAGCUGAACAAAUGCAAAUUCUAAAACGCCAUCAACAGCAAUGCUGCCUAGAUUUGACUGAAAAAUUAAUCGCCCACGUAUUGGAAUUGACCAAUCAAGAGACCGUGUCACAAAACGUGAUCAUAUUUUUGGCUCGAGUGUUAUCAGGAGUCGCAACGCUAUGCUCUUCUCUAAAGCAUUGUGUGCUUUUAUUGGACGACAAAGGUGAAAAAUGGUCUCAUAUAAAUACCAAAUUACAAGAAGAAAGCUUGACUGUCUGGCGUAAAUGGAGCAUUACAGCUUCAGCUCCUGUUUUAACCGAAUACACCACUUGCAUUACUUCGUUGACGUCGUUUUCUCUUAGAAUCAAAUAUUUUCCUAAAUGGGAAAAGAUUAAAAUAAAAGAAGAAAAUGAAUCCGGUGAGCAAUUAGAAACUGAAAUCUUGGUACCAUUUCAAGCCAGUUUCCCUGUACAGAAGUUACUCAAUUCUUUAACGUCCAUUUGCAGUGAAACAUUACCUCCAAGAAUAAUAAUCGCAGAAAUGGUGGAAAAUAUCUUGACGAAAAUCCUAUCCUUACUCGAGAAUCCACCGGAAAUCUCUCAUCAGGCUAUUUACGUCCAAUACGUGUUCGAUUUGAAGUACCUAACGACCCUAUUGAUUCCUGUAGAAAACGAUAACCUUAUCAACUCGAGUGGUAACACCGUCAGCGUGCUUGAAACUAAGAUAGAUCCAGUUGAUUUAGAUAUACUAUCAUCCCACUUAUCUCAAAAUGUUCUGCAACAUGUUUAUAAAACACAGAAUGUUUAUGGACUUUUAAUAAACAAUAAAUCGAAGUUGUCCUCUGAACAGUACACCGAUAACUCGGACGAUCCAAAUGUGGCUUAUGUUGGUAGUACAAACAUUCCCUGGUUCCCAUUACUACCUUCGAAUGUAUUUUCUUCGGCGACAGAUUCGUUUAAAACUUGAAAAAACACGAUGUGUUAGUUGAUUACAUUAUUUAUUAUUAAUAUAUAUUACACAUUUUAAA